GCUAAUUAUAGAAAACAGAAGAACAUUUGUUACAUUUUUCAUCUCUGUGUAAACAAUUUUGUGAAUCGGGAAUGUUAGAUGAAAAACUGCUGUCUAACGGGAGUUUUGGGUUUGGUCAUGCCCAUCACUUUCACUUUCAGAAUGAAAUUUGCCUUUUUUGCUGCAAUGUUCUGUUUGCAAAUGUUUGCACUGAUUGUAGAUCAUUUAUUUCUUACAACUGCACUGGACGGUGAUUGGCCGAGAAGCCAACUCCUCUGAUCUCACAUACACUUUUUUUUACAUUUUUAGCUGCACAUGACAUUAUGUUAUUAAAGCAGUACAGUUAGAAGAUCUAACCCUUGACAUAGUAUUUCCUCAGCACAAAGUUCCUGUUUUAUGCCUCACACAGCUGCUGACUGAAGACGAAACAUAAAUCGAUAUAAAGAUGUCAUCAAAAGACAACACUAUUAGUUUUCCUGAGCUUAUAAAGCUGAAACGAGAUGGCAGCCGACUCAGCACGGCAGAAAUAAGCACUUUUAUAAAAGGAGUCACAUCAGGAGCCAUCCAGACGAGUCAAAUAGGUGCUAUGCUAAUGGCCAUAUGGCAGAAGGGCAUGACUGAUGAAGAAACCCUGGCAAUGACAAGAGAAAUGAUGAACUCCGGAGAGACCUUUAAAUGGCCGAAGGAAUGGCUUGUGGUGGACAAACACUCAACGGGUGGAGUCGGAGACAAAAUCAGCCUUCCACUCGCUCCUGCUCUGGCUGCGUGCGGCUGUAAGGUGCCCAUGAUAAGUGGAAGAGGACUGGCACAUACGGGUGGCACCUUGGACAAACUGGAGUCUAUACCUGGGUUUAAAGUCAACCAAUCAGUUGAACAGGUGAAGCAGAUCCUAGAGGAUGUGGGCUGUUGUAUUGUGGGACAGACAGAGAGUCUAGUUCCAGCGGAUCGUGUUCUCUACACCAUCAGAGACGCCACAUCCACUGUCGAUAGUCUUCCUCUUAUCAUCAGCUCCAUCAUCUCUAAGAAAGGAGCUGAAGGUCUGAGUAGUCUUGUGUUAGAUGUGAAGUUUGGCAGAGCUGCUCUGUAUAAAGAUUUAAAUAGCGCUCGGCGUCUUGCUCAAUCACUGGUCAGUGCAGGCAACAAGCUGGGUGUGAAGACAGGGGCGGUGCUCAGCCGAAUGGAUGCUCCCAUUGGCCAGAGUGUGGGAAAUGCGGUUGAGGUGUGUGAAGCCCUUGAGUGUCUUAAAGGACGAGGGUCAGAUGAUCUCAAGGAACUGGUCACAAAUUUAGGUGGGUAUCUGUUGUGGAUGUGUGGCCACUCUGGUACUCUAGAGAGCGGGAAAACUGAAAUCGCGGUCAAACUGGAAAACGGAGAAGCCCUGAAAAAGUUUGAGGCGAUGCUGGUCGCUCAGGGUGUGUCUGCAGAUGUUGCGCAUUCCCUGUGUUUAAACGAGGCCGACUACUUUGAGCACAUGAAGCGUGCAGAGCAUCAGACAGAGCUCGAGGUUCUAGAUGAUGGAGCCGUUUUGGACAUUGACGGUUUGGCCCUGGCUGAAGUGCUGCAUAAACUGGGGGCAGGACGUACUAAAUCGGGAGAGGAAAUCGAUCACAGUGUGGGAGCAGAGAUCUUGGUUGAGAUGGGACAGCAGGUACAGAAAGGUCAAUCAUGGAUCAGGAUUCAUCACAAUUGCCCAAAUCUGAAUUCUCACUAUUCUAACCUGCAGAAAGCUUUGGUUAUUGGCAACCACGAUGAAUAUGAGGCAGUAUCACGCAUAGCAGAAUUCAUCCACCCAGAUAAUUCCAACAUGUCAUAACACUGCCUGUUUGUAACAAAUAUUUCAGUUUCAUUGUACUAUUGCCAAGAAACUGUUUUGUUUAUAUGAA